CUGCUCCUGCCUGCAGGCACUGCACCCGCAGCUCCCACUGACCGCAGUUCAUGGCCAAUGGGGGCUGUGGAGUUGGCAGUCAGGCCAGGGGCAGCAUGCGGAGACCCUCUGCCCCUGGCCACAGGGACGUGCUGACCGCUUCCGGAAGCGGCACGGACGGUCAUAAACGAGGCAGUGGGAGGGAGAGGGAGGAGUUGAUCAGAGGGGCCUACAGACCCCCUGGAGUACCCCCAGUUUCAGAAACGCUGUUCUAGUGCACCGUCGGCUGGCAAGGUCUUCCCUGUCUCAGUCACUUGAGUUCAUUUUUAUUCAUGAAAAUUUUUUCUUUACUGAAUAUAGACACUAAAGUACCAUGAAGUACAUCAUUAUGACUGGAUAAUGAGAAAAAGGUUUCUAUCAGAGGAGUGAGGUUCUGGGACAUGCUCCCGAUAGUAGUGGGGGGCAAAUAACCGAAGUAUUAACUAAUUAACGGAGACCUCCUAUCUCCUAGAACUGGAAGGGACCUAGUGCAGCCCCCUGCCUUCACUAGCAGGACCAAGUACUGAUUUUGCCCCAGAUCCCUAAGUGGCCCCCUCAAGGACUGAACUCCCAACCCUCGGUUUAGCAGGCCAAUGCUCAAACCACUGAGCUAUCCCUCCCCUCAGUAGUUUUAAGGGGGAGCUUGAUACAUUUGUAAAUAGGAUUAUAUGACAGGGUUGCUUGCAAUUGCAGAGGACUGGAUUCAGUGACUCAGAAGGCCACUUGCAAUCCUAUGUUCGUCUGAUAAUGGCACUUCUUAAGUGCAAUAAUGCAGGUGUGCUGGCUAGUGAGGAAAGAUAAAUGCUGUCAGCGAAUCAAACUGCCACACUUAAAAACAGUAGUGAUAGGGCGUGGCCCAGAGACGGAGAUAACAGACAAGAAGUGUUCACGGCAACAAGGGAGAAGAAUAUUAGCAACACCUGUUGACACAACUUUAAUACAGAAAUCUGGGAUUUCAGAAAAUGUGAACUCAAAACAAGUGCAGCUAAAAGCGGACUGUAAUAAAGGGUAUGUCAAGAUCAAACAGAUGGGAGUUAACCCAGCCAGUGUUGAUUUGGUGGAUAUUGGGAAGGAUGAAGAAGUGAAGCUGAAGCCAGGACAGGUUCUACAUCUUGUGAAUAAACUUUACCCCUAUACUAUACAAUUCUUGGAAGUCACAGGGGUGUCUGGCGCACGAGCAGAAGGGAAGACAAAAGCAAACAAGAGGCCAUACAUAGACUCUGGGAAUAGUAACAUGAAAAACAUGUCUGAAAAAAGUAUGAAAAUGGAGCAACCAGACUUGCAAGAUGGUAGUUCAAGCUGCAAGCCAAACAAUACCAGCAGUUCUUCCUCCUCUCCCCAUGACAGCUCUUCCAGCCACAAGGAACAUUUAGGACAUUGGAGUCAAGGUCUGAAGAUCUCUAUGCAAGACCCAAAAAUGCAGGUUUACAAAGAUGAAAGGGUUGUAAUCAUUAAGGAUAAAUAUCCCAAAGCUCGUUACCACUGGCUAAUCUUACCGUGGGACUCCAUCUCCAGUCUAAAAUCAGUAACAAAAGAGCAUCUUGAAUUACUAGAACACAUGCAUGCUGUUGGGGAAAAGCUGAUCCAACAAUGCCUGGAUAAAGAUAGCGUGGAGUUCAGAUUGGGUUACCAUGCAGUUCCCAGCAUGAGUCAAGUACAUCUCCAUGUAAUCAGCCAGGAUUUUGAUUCCCCUUGCCUUAAAAACAAAAAGCACUGGAAUUCUUUUACUACAGAAUACUUCUUAAACUCUCAAGAUGUGAUAGAGAUGGUAAAGACCAAAGGAAAAGUUCUGGUUAAAGAUGGGACUUCUGAGCUCCUCAAGUUGCCCCUCAGAUGUCAUGUGUGCAAGCAACACCAGUCUACCAUCCCACAGCUAAAGGAACAUCUCAAGAAACAUUGGCCAAAGUAAUUGUAAAAAUCACUCUGAAAUCUGAUCAGUCUAAGGCUAAAAACAGUCCCCCCAAAACUUUUUGUCAAGUUGCAUAGACUUUUGUUUUAGCUGAAUUACAAUUUCAACACUCGAAAGGUUCCUCGCUAGUACAAACAGCAUACGACUGACACUUUUGUAACAACUUUUCAGAAGACAAAUAAAGCAGUAUUUUGUAGAUUCA